AUGUUAUGAUUGCAGCUCAAAUCAGGAUAUUAUCUCUUGAUUCAUCCAACUUUCAUGAGCUUGUGUUUAACUAAACUUCAGUUUCACUAUUCUACUCACCCAAAAAAAGUUUGAUCAUUAUUGUUUGUAAAAUCAAUUCAUUGAAUUCUCAAGCUCACUUGAAAAGCUGUAAAAUGUGUGUGACUUGUUAAACUUUUUCUUUACCACUGAGCAUCAUGUCAAAGAAACCAAAUAAAUCUCGUGAGAAUUCAGCUGCUGCUGAGCGGUUGGCAGACUGGAGAGGAGCGGAUAAUUACAUGGGACAGGGCACUCUAUCUAUUGCAGACUCUGAUUCACCAGAGUAUGAUCCGAGAGGGGCCUUUGGUCAGGACACUGAUGAGGAUGUAGAUGGUGGUGUAGAUACAAUGUCUUUAAAAGAUGGGGACAGGGAGAAAGAAGGUGGCAUAGAUAACAUAUCUUUGAAAGAUGGAGACAGGGAAAAGCUACAGGAUAAGAAAAGUAGUAUGUCAUCCUUGGCUAUUGACCCCAGUACAGGCAAAAAACAAGUUUCAGUCACAAUGCCUGGACAGAGCAAAGCUAAGCCCUGUGUUCCACAGAGACCUUCAGUCAAAGCUGAUUUGGAUGUUGCCAAAGAGUUUAAAAAAUGUAAAGAAGAAGCAGCUUCUAGAUUGGAUCUUAGUAAAUCACAGAUUUCAUCACUACCAACAAGUAUAAAAGAAUUAACACAGUUAACAGAGGUGUACUUGUACAGUAACAGGCUCACCCAGCUGCCAGCAGAGAUGGGAUCCUUGACAGGCCUCUUAACCCUAGCUCUGAGUGAAAAUAAUAUAUCUGGUUUACCAGAAACUUUUGCUUCCCUAAACAAGCUACGGGUUUUGGAUCUUAGGCAUAAUAAACUGCAGGAGAUUCCCAAGGUUGUGUACCAGUUGCGUUCAUUAACAACAUUGUUCCUUAGAUUCAACAGAAUAAAAGUGGUUGAAGAAGAGAUUAGUAAUUUAACUAAUUUAACCAGGUUUAGUUUACGCGAAAACAAAAUUAGAGAAUUACCUAAAGGAAUAGGAAAAUUAGAAAAGCUUGUCAUAUUUGAUAUUUCACACAAUCAUCUUGAGCAUUUGCCUGAUGAUAUUGGAAAAUGUGUAAUGUUAAACUCCCUUGACCUUCAACACAAUGAACUUUUAGACAUCCCAGAAUCAAUUGGCAAUCUGAAAGAACUAAAUCGACUAGGGCUUAGGUAUAACAGGUUAAGUGUGAUUCCAGGCACAUUAGCAAAUUGUGUAAACAUGGACGAGUUCAAUGUGGAAGGAAAUAACAUAUCAUCAUUACCAGAGGGACUUUUAUCCAGUUUAACAAAGUUGACAAGCAUAACAUUAUCUAGAAACAAAUUUGAGAAGUAUCCUACUGGUGGUCCAUCACAGUUCUGUUCUGUAUAUUCAUUGAAUAUGGAACAUAAUAGGGUGAACAACAUUCCCUUAGGAAUUUUUUCUCGAGCACGGCACCUCACAAAACUUAAUAUGAAAGACAAUUUACUGUCUGCAUUACCACUAGACAUGGGAAGCUGGGAAAAUAUGGUAGAACUAAACCUAGGAACCAACCAGCUGACAAAAAUUCCAGAUGACAUUCACAACCUUCACAAGUUGGAAGUUCUUAUCCUUAGUAAUAAUUCUUUACGUAGGUUACCUGCCAACAUUGGAAGUUUAAAAAAAUUGCGAGUUUUAGACUUAGAAGAGAAUAAACUCGAGUUUUUACCUUCUGAAAUAGGUCAUCUUCAAGAGUUACAGAAACUAAUAGUCCAAACAAAUCAGUUGACCUCAUUACCAAGAACUAUUGGAUUUUUGAAGAACUUACAAUAUCUUGGUGCUGGUGAAAAUAAACUAAAUUCACUGCCAGUUGAAAUAGGGGCACUUUCAUCAUUAGAGUCAUUGUACAUAAAUGACAACCAAGAACUUCACAGUUUGCCAAGUGAGCUUGCAUUCUGUGCAAAUCUUCAGAUAAUGUCCAUAGAGAACUGUCCAUUGAGUCAAAUCCCAGCAGAUAUUGUGGCCCGUGGUCCCUCACUAGUUAUACAGUACUUGAAACUUCAGAGCCAGUAUACAUAGUCCAUGUGUUCAAGCCAGAAAUUCUUGAUUGUGAACUGUCUGGCAUGGCUAAAACAAGCUUGCGAGAAAAGACACCUUAUAUACUCCAAAGUCUGGGAUCACUUUGCUGCUUGAUUCUCACACUCACCAUUAAGGUCCCAGUCUCGGGUGAGCACCAUCUGCAUUGGUUCAUACAUUCUUCACAAUAAAAUUGUUUGUUCUCUCUUCGCAUAAGUUUGAUGUAAUUAGAGUGUACAAUUACCUUUAAAAAAAAAAACCAUAAGACUGUAGUAAUGUGUUUUUCUUUGCCAUUAAGCAAGCGCAGAGAUUUGAGCAUAUACAUUUUAUUGAGAUUUUGAGCAUAUACAUUUUAUUCCUUGAUAAAAUGCGUUGUCAGCUGUCAAUAUUAAGAGUUGAUAAAAUACGACACAAUUAUGCUUAGUACCUUAUGUAUUAAGUUUCAGACUUUACAUGCAGUUAUGUAAUACUUAAUACACCAAAAUAGAAGCUUUAAUAUACUUGAAUUUUCAUAUGCUAGUUUGCAAGAUGUACUUUCACUGAAAUUGGUGCAUACAUUUUUAGAAUUUCAGAAAGAAAUAUAAUGGCUGUGAUGAAACAUUUAAAAUAAAAUACUUCCCCAUCCAUUAAUUGAUUUCUUUUGGAUGGUGGAAAGAAGUUGGAAAACAGAUUCUACAUUUUAAAAUGUCUUUCUUACAUGUAUACACUUUCAUAUUGCAUCUAUACCUAAUAAAAGCCUGAUUUAUACAUUUUACUUACAUUUUUUUUUUUAGUUUUUCAAGUCCACUAUUAUUUAGAUUCUAUAUUAAUUAAUGAUCACAAACUGGGUCCUGUUCUAACCAGCAUCCCAUAUCACUGGUGGUUUUGGUGCUUGAUAACCAUGACUCAUCGUAUUCAUCAUUCAUACUAGAAACUUAGUAGCCAUCUACAGCGGUUCUUGAUAGGCAGUGGAAUGUUAUUAUUUUAGCUUGAAUGGAUUGCUAGGUGUAACAUUUUAUUAUUUUUUUAUUGUAUGUAUAUUUCUCUGUAUUUUACCCAGUUGCUAAGUACUAUAGGAAAAGCAGGUCUUAACUAAAAUUUAUUUUAAAAAUUGUAUAGGUUUGAAAUUUUAAAAUAAAAUAAAAAUUAUUUUUAAAAAAAACUUUAUUUUUCACAAAUAUAGUUUUUUAUCAACCCGUCCCCCCCUCCCUAGUGUUAACAAAAAGCAACAACACCAAGACAACUGGUGCCUGGUCACAGCAGGUUACAAUUGUAUCCUUAGUUCAAAAGAUAUUGUUUUUGACUCAAGUAGAGUUUGAGUUUAACAGUUUCAGUACCAUAUUUAUGUCUUUGUUGUUCAUGCUGCAGUAGUUGAAACAAGCAGAGUAGUCCUGUAAAGAGCUUCCUGGAUAACAAGACUAGAAUUAUGGAUUUAUGACAGUGUAUCUUAUUUAUUUUUUUAAAAUGGUCUUUUUAAAUUAAAAAAAUACAAUAUUUAGACAUAAAAAAUAUAUGAAGUUAUCAGUUUUAUUUUUUGUCAGCUUGAGUUUAUCCAGGAUUAGAGUUCAAUAAAUAGGCUUGAUAGUGUGUUUGAAACUCAACUAUUUCUACCUUUUCGCUGAUGAAAAUAUUUAAAUAUAUUAUAAGCACCGGUUUUAGUGAACUAUCUGCUACAUUUAUACAUCCCAACCUGUACAUUGUUAGGUGUACACAAUUUCUAUGCUCAAUGUACUAUUUGUGUAAAAUUUGUUGUGUGAUUUCACAACUUUUGGUUCAGAAAAUUAUUUCCUGUGCCUCAUGUAUUAUUUACAUAAAAAUUAUUAAAUAUUCUUUGAACUGUAAACAACAGUGCCAAAGGCAAAAUUGUGUGUAUUCAUGUAUCAUUCCCUAAUACUGUAAACAUUAUUUUUUAAAGAUUAUGAAACUCCAAUUAAACUUGAAUGAUUUGUAUUUGUAACUGUUUUAACAUAUUAAAGACCAAGUAAUUUCAGAAUUAGUUUGUGCUACAAUACUUUAAAGCAGUAUUGAUGUAUUUUGUUAAUGAUUUUGCUAGGUUUUGAAGUUGGCUUUUUAAAAAAUUCCUUAGUCUGUGUUGGUUGCAUUGAGGUGCUGUAACUGAAAAUUUUAUCACAUUGCUAUUGUAAGUUAUUUUAAACUUCUAGGACUUUUAUUUGUGUGUACCUUAUGGAACAUAUGUAGAACAAGGUAGUACAAAGUUAUUGAAUACACAAAGCAUAGGUAUCAACAAUAUACAGUACAUUUUGCCUUGCUCUUGUAAACACCCUUGCUAAAUUAUUUUAAUCUGUAGCUUUAUACUGAUGGUUUAAAAGUAAUGCCUCGUUAAAUCAAAGCUCACUGAUUUAAAAAUGAAUUAUCAAAAUUAAAUAUUUUGGUUCCAUUAAUGCUGCACAUUUCUGAUGUCAGUCGACAUUUGGCUUUUUCUUCCCAGAUGACUUUAAACAUGUAGGACUUUUAUUUAUUGAUUUUUAAAAAAAAGUAAAGCCUUUACUUUUUAAAUAUAAAUUACAAUACUCUGAAAAAUCAAGUGUUUCUAGUUUGUGUGUAUUCGUUAAUAGCAGGGGUUUCAUCCAUGCUACAUCCUUUAUAGCCAGGGGAUUGCUGUACUUAAGGAAAUACAAUAACAAGUUUGGUAAUUUCCAAUGUUCUAGAAGUCAUGCUAUUUUUUGUGCUUACAGUUGAAAAAAAGGAAGGAAUGGGAUGUUACAGAAGCCUCAUAAUAAUUAUAGAUUGGUUCAGUAAGUUGUUUUUUUAUCAAUGUGAAAAGAAAUAUUUUUUUUUGUAAAAUGUGUUUUCCUGUUUCUCUAACAACUGUGUUCAUUUCUGUAAAUACUGCCAUGAGCAUCUGAGUGUAUGAACUAGUGGUGUGUGUUUGUGUCUUACUUGCCUGCAAACUGCUAGUGGGUGAGAGGAAAUGUUAUUUUCUCUGUUCAUAUUAAAUAUUGCUGUAUCAUUCAGUGUUGUGCUGUAGACAAAUCUUGAUGUAUUUCCUCUAUUUAAUGUCAGAUUUUCAAAGUUUUCCAUUUUGGAAUGCUGCAUUGUCAUGGCAACCUGUUUUUGUUUUUAGUAUGAUGUCAUACACCUAGAUUUCUAAGUGUAAGAAUUCCAAUAUCCAAGUGGACAGAUGAAUGUAUAAAGGACACUUGAGUACUAGUAUGGAUGCUAUUAUUGCAUUAUAUUUGUAACUUUUUCAUACUUAAGAUGAAGGGGCAGUGCCAAAAUUUUCUGAGGUUCAGUAUUUUUUUUGUUUGUUUUUCUAAGCUCAAUUCCAAGAAACACCUGUUGUAUGCUGGUUAAAUGUGAGAAGUAAGCUCUGUGUGUGACAGCUAUGUUUGUGUGUUAGGGUGAAGGCCUGCAUGUAAGGUGGAUUGUAUUAUUGCAUUUUUAGAAAAUCCUAGCACAUUAUAUAAAAAGCAGAGUCAAAGAUGUAUAUUUUGUAUAUCAUGUUAGAUAUCUUGUGUGUGACAUGAAAAAAAAAAGACAACUGUCUAAUCCUACUAGUGUAUUUGUUAUUAAGUCUAUUUUGUUCCUCAUUGGAUUACUACAAAUGUUUUCCAAGAAUGCAUGACACCUGCAUACUCUAGAAAACAAUGAAAGAGUAAUUGUAAUAGUGCUACAAAUUACUAAUGUUUUUGCAUAUUGUUAAAUUGAUGGCGGUCACCACUUUUUUUUACAAGUCUUGAUUAUUUUAAUCCAAAUAUAUAUUUUAUUGUUAAUAUAAAAAAUCAGCAAAAGUAAUUGUCUGCUAAUUGUGCAUAGUUCAAUUUGAGAAAAAGGGUAAAUAAUUGCAUUGGCAUGUCCUUACAAAACUGCAUUUGCAUUAUGUUUGGAAUUGGUUUCAUUAUAAAGUCCACACUAUUAGCCUAAUUAAAGAAUUCUCACUGAAUGAUGGUUCCAUCCUGUAGCAUUCCUUUGUUUUUGUCAGUAACUUGAUGAAUCUAGUAAUGGUUCUUUGUGCAUCACUUUUAUGGAGCUUACAUCUUAGCUUGAUGUUUGUGUUUAUCAAAUGUAGCAUUUGAAAACUUGUAUUGAAUGUGUAUGGUAUGCAUGUUUUAUUUUGCUCUUUCUGCUUGGAAAGCUAGAUUGGUUUGAUUGUGUAAAGAAAUGUCAAUUUUAAAAUGUUAAUAAAAAUUAAUAAAAAUAUGGGUAAUUAAAAUUUAUAUAGUUGUGUUAUAAAAAACGG